AGCUUCGCGUGUGUCGACAGCCAGAAGAAGGACCCAGGAGCAGGAUGCGGUACCAGCAGGUGACGGUGGACGUGUGCAAGAUGCUGGUGACGGCCACGGCCUACCUGGCGCUGGCCUUUGCCGCCUGGGUGCUGCUGCGCCUGGUCAGCGCGUGCAUCUCGCUGCCGGCCUACCUGCGCAAGCAGGAGGAGGAGGAGGAGGCGGAGGAGCGGCGCCAGCUCCUGGAGAGGGAGGAGGAGGGGCCGGAGGAGGACGACGACACCGAGGACGAGGAGGAGGUGGCCGAGGGCGCCAAGGGUGCCGAGGAGCAAGAGGUCGGCGACGACUGCGCCGCGGCGGAGUCCUCCAAUUGGCGGCUUCGAUGUAACGUGGUUCUUCCCGUGAUGCACGAAGGUUGA